UGUCAGUGUGCUGUUGCGAGAUAAAAUGCUUACAGGACUGUGCUUGAACACCGAUUUAGGGACGUUUAAACGGCACUAUGUCGCGGAUGUGUCUGUCGGCACCCUACCGAGAGGAGUCUGUGCGUGAAAGCCGCAACUAAACCGCAGUGCCGAGAGGACAUUCUCAACUAGUUUGAGCAAAAUGGAUGGGACGAUUUGGAGGCUGCAUUCUUGCAAGGAUGCCUCACUUCUGCAGGAAAUGUAGUUGCCACCACUCUUUUUUUUCCCUGACUGACACAACUGGGAUAUUCUCUGGAGCUGUAUCACCCACACAACCUUGGUAACGAUGGAGAGUGGAGUUUUUCUGCCCUGCCUGGAUCAAUUCAUGCUGAGCCCUCUUGUCACUUGGGUGAGGACAUUUGUGCCACAUGAUGGGGGCAUGCACUUGGACUUCUCUGAGUUACUGGAUGGAGUCUUUUUGAAUGACAUAAUGACACAAAUAAACCCCUCAGCUGCACCUCAGGGUGCAAACAAAGUGAGCAGGGAUCCAAGUCAGAGGAUCCAAAACCUGAACUUCCUCGUCCAGCAAAUUAAGACUUACUAUCUGGAAAAUCUGAGACAGUUAAUCAUGAUUCCUUUGCCAAACAUGUUGCUGUUUGGCAGGACUCCUUACUGUGAACAAAGUCUGGAGGAAAUGAAGAAGCUUUUGCUGCUGCUCCUGGGAUGUGCCGUCCAGUGUGAGAGAAAAGAGGAGUACAUCGAGAGGAUCCAGACACUUGAUUUUGACAUGAAAGCUGCCAUAGCUGCACAUAUUCAGGAGUUGACCCUCAGUCAGGAGAACGUGGUGGACCUGCAGUGGUUGGAGUCCAGCGAGGUGCAUCCGGAGGAGCUGGAGGUCGUAGCGAGAAACAUGGCCAUGCACCUGCGACAUGUGCUGGACCAGAGGGACACGCAUCUAGAGACUAUAGCAGAGCUGAUGCAGGAAAAGGAAGGAGUUGUUAGCUUGCUCAAUAGCCCCUCCAGCCCACAUUCAGGGAGCUACUCUCCCAGCAUGCAGCAGCAGGCGGGGACUCAGCAACACCUGGCGGUGGAGCUGGCUGACUCUAAGGCCAAAAUCAGACGACUUAGACAAGAACUAGAGGAGAAGAGUGAGCAGACGCUGGACUGCAGACAUGAGCUGGAGAACAUGGAGACAGAGCUGAAGAGGAUCCAGCAGGAGAACUCCCAGUUGCUCGUAGACGCCCGCGCAGCCCGCACCUACCGUGACGAGCUGGAUGCCCUGAGAGAGAGAGCCAUAAAGGCGGACAAGCUGGAGAGCGAAGUGGGCCGCUACAGGGAGCAACUGCACAAGAUAGAGUUCUACAAGGCCCAAGUGGAGGAGCUAAAGGAGGACAACAGGGUGCUGCAGGAGACCAAAGAGGUGUUGGAAGAUCAGUUGGAAGGCUGGAGGGCACGCUCCGAUAAAAUCCACCAGCUGGAGAAGCACAGUCUGUUGCUGAAGGCCAGGGUCCACGACAUGGAACAGGAGCGGGAGGCAGAUCGAAGGCGCAUUGAGGAGCUGCAGGAGGAGAACCUGGCUCUGUGCUUGGCUCAGAGGAGGAGCAUGGAGGAGUCCCAGCACCUGGGCUGGGAGUUAGAGCAGCUCUCCAAGACCACUGAGAACUCUCAAGGCCAGCAGACUCUGAGCGAGGAGGUGAGUGAGAGGACGUGCAGUCGCAUGCUGAAGCUGGAGAAGGAGAACCAAAGUCUCUUAAGGAUCAUCGAGGAACUCAGAGCUGCCUCGAUUAACAAACGUGGCUGCCAGCUGGUCUGCAGCACCAACAACUGUACCUCAUCAACAGAUGAACCCAGGGAGCUGCAGACCACCUGCUCAAAUAUCCAAAACCGCACUAAUGGGAUUGCAUUCAGCACAGUGACACAGCAGACGCUGAAUGGAGGUUCAAACUGCCAUCAGCCUCUCCACACCGAAGAUCGGGAGGAAGUACAGAGUGAGAUCGUCCUCACAGAUAAUCCAGACCUUCAUGUUCAGGAGAAAGGACAGCUAGAGGACGGAGACGGUGGAGAUCAUCUCAAAGAGCUGAUGUCUGAUCUAGAAGACUUAGAAAACCAUCACAACAGGCUCCAUUGUUUUGUUGGAUCACGUGACCGCUCCCCUGGCUCGAAGGGAAGCAGUCCCUGCUACGACAGUAUCCUCACAGGUCUGCCAACACGCUCCUCCUAUGCCAGCAAGCACACUCAGCGGCUGGAGGCCAAGUGCAGGGCCCUGGACACAGUGAACCUCCAUCUACAGACUUCCCUCGAUAACACCGAUCGUAGAGUUCAGCGCCUGGAGGCAGAGGUUCAGGAGCUGGAGGCAGAGAACCACAGUCUGCAGGCCACUUUAGAGGAACUUCGGAUCUCUGCACGACGCCUGGAGCAACUGGAAGCAGAGAAGCAAAGCCUGGAGCAAGAGACCACAGUCCUGGAGAGGGAGAAGAGGCAGCUGGAGAAAGAUAACCGACGCCUCCGCCAACAGGCUGAAAUCCAGGAGGCCAACUUAGACAGCAGCAACGUCUGUAUGGCCAGCCUGGAAAGAGAGAUGCGUUUUGUUGUAAAAGAGGUGGAGGGGUUAAGGGAGACUGCUGAGAGGGUGAAAGGCCUGGAGAGAGACAACAGAGAACUGACCAAGCAAGCUGCUAUCGACCAGAGGACCCUGGCCACCCUCAGAGAGGAGCUGGUGAGCGAGAAGCUGAACACCCAGCAGAGGAACAAUGAACUGGAGAGGCUGGCCCAUGAUUUGGAAAUGCAAGUCCUGAACCACGAGAGCGCCCAGCAGGCUCGACAAGAGGCUCCAGAUAACAGUAGGUUCAAGAUGCUGGAGUCAGAACUGGAGGCAUCUCUGAAAAGAUCUCUCCAGAUUAAAGAAGACAAGAUGGCGGCUUUGGAGGCUCGUCUGCAGGAAUCCUCCGCACUGAACCAGCAGCUGCGGCAAGAGCUCAAGACUGUGAAGCAGAGCUAUGAGGCCUUGCAGCAGAGGCAGGAGGAGGAGUGGACAGCUUCAAGUUGCUCCCCUCCCUCUGAUACCGGCAGGACAAUGAGUGAAUGGCUGCGUGAGAGCCAGGAGGCCACCAAAGAACUGCUGAAGCUCAAAGACCGUCUCAUUGAGGUGGAGAGGAAUAAUGCAACACUGGAGGCCGAGCGUCAGGCUGUGCAGGCGCAACUGAGGCAGCUGGAGAGUCAGUCCGACAGUCAGCAGGCUCAGAUCCUCGCCCUGCAGAGGCAGGCGGCCUCGCUGCAGGAGAACAACACGGCCCUGCAGACACACAACGCUAACCUGCAGGUGGAAAAGUCCACUCUGAACUCGCAGAGCGCCUCCCUCAUGGCCCAGAAUGCUCAGCUGCAACAGCAGCAGUCGGGGACAGAAAGCGAGCGGGACGGCGCUGUGCGAGUACGCGAAGAGCUGCGCGGCGUUCACGAGCAGCUGCUACGAGAUCACGAGCGGCUGGCGGCUCUGCACGAGCGCCAAGCCAUGGAGUACGAGGCCCUUAUGGGAAAGCACGGCUGUUUGAAAAACGCCCAUCGCACCCUGGAGCUGGAGCAUCGAACCACACAGGACAGGUACAAUAGCUUGCUGCAGCAGCGCACCAAGCUGGAAGACCUGGAGAAAGCCCUGAAGGAGGAGCAGAUGAGGAUGACUCUUGAGAAAGAGCAGCACAGGAGCACGGCUGCAGAGUGUAGCAAGCUGCGGGACGAGAAGGACUGGCUGAACCAGACGUACCGUCAGCUUCUCAAUGACAACGAGUCGCUGACGGUGGACCACAAGCAGCUGAAGAGCCAGCUGAACGAGGCCAAGCUGGAGCACACCUGGCUGGAGGCCGACUUCUCCAAACUCAAGAAGGAGUUCCAGCAGCUGGACAUCUCCUCCACAAAGCUCACCAACCAGUGUGAGCUGCUUGGUCAGUUGAAGGGCAACCUGGAGGAAGAGAAUCGCCACCUGCUCUGCCAGAUCGAGACCCUGAUGCUGCAGAACCGGACCCUGCUGGAGCAGACGAUGGAGAGCAAGGACCUGUUUCACGUCGAAGAGCGACAGUAUAUUGACAAGCUUCAUGAUUUGAGGAGGCAGAAGGAGAAGCUGGAGGAAAAAAUAAUGGACCAGUACAAGUUUUAUGAGCCAUCGCCUCCUCGCAGACGUGGAAACUGGAUCACCCUGAAACUGAAGAAGUUAAUUAAAUCCAACAGCCGUGAGCAUGGUCCGGACUGCCCGCCUACUCCCACAAACUCGGGCAGUGCCGAGCCACACCACGCCUCUCACGACAACGGCUCCUUCAUCAGCUCAGACGGAUCCGGAGGCUCGGCCUGCACCUCGGCAGGUGACGUCAUCUCACCCCAGCGUCACAGCACCACCAAAAUGUUUCCCCGCAUGAGGAACAGACUGAAGGACAGAGACAGAGUCAAGUCCCUCUUCCGUCGUUCCAUGUCCCUGAGCAGCUUGGUGUCCCCCGCCGCAGCCCCGCUGUGGGAGGAGCGCUGGGCGGAGAGCGCAGAGCGGCUGGAGGGGUCCCAGGCUGAUGUGGACGAGGACAGGGAGAACACAUUGUCCUCAUCCCCAUCCACAUCCAUCUUGUCCAUCCUCCACCUUAAUCCUCCCACCACUCCACCAUCCGGCCACGUCAUCAUCACAUCCACUGACACCACCGACACUGUUCCAGAUGUUUCUGAGCUCAGGGUGACAGACAAGGAAUCAAAUGAUAGCGCUGUGCCAUCUGGAUUUGAGGACAACGACGAGCUGCAGAAUCACGGGCUGAAUGGCAUCCAGAGUCGAGCCCAGAGUGAGAGCAGCGGUGAGUUCAACCUGAGCCUAGAGAAUGAGCCAUGGUCAAACGGCAGCAGCCCCAUCCAGCAGCCUCCCUCCCGCCGCUCCUCCUCCUCCUUCCAGCCCCCCAGUGAUACAUCCACCCCCCAGCACACACUGAAGCAGCAGCACAAGGAGAAAGCCUCCACCAUGCCCAUCGCCCAUCAGAAUUCGGAAAUCCAGGCUAUGCCAAAACAGAAAAACCAUGUGCUCUCUCAGGACUUCUGGCUCACACGGGGUACAAAGAGCAUCCGGAGGGGGUCAAGGGUGAAGGUGACGCGUCGCUCUUCAGACACGGUGGGAACAGUCAAAGUGAACCCAGGGCUCAACGGGAUGAAUUCAAAAUCCAGCUCCAGCAAAGUCGAAACUACCCGAGCUUUGGCUUGUUCACCUAUCACAGUGCUGUAUGUUCAGGGAAAGUCAUCCUCAAUGUCCGGCUGCCUCAACUGCUUUUCCACCCCUCUGGGGAAAGAGGGCAGACUGAGAGGGUCGCCCAAAAGUCUCCCCCGAGCCAGCAGCGUCAUUUCCACAGCAGAGGGAUCGUCCCGGCGGUCCAGUGUAAUCAGCGACUGCAGGGUGAAGGCUGACCCGCUGUCCGUCCAGGUUUCAGAGAGCCAUCAGGAGGAAGAAGCAGGUCAACCUGAACCAGAGACAAAAAACAGUGAGCCGGUUCCUCCAGUCAAACCUCCUAGAGACCCAACAGCUGUUGUUCCCACGGAUGACCCCAAACCUCCUGUGCAGGAGUCACUUCUUGGCUCCUCGUUCACUUUCAACUCUGUCUUCUCUAACACGAUAUUCAGCGACUCUGUGGUCCCAACCAUGACCAGUCUGGAUGCCCUGGACAACAACCAAACAUUCCUCUGUCUGAAUCCAGAUCUGGUGCAAAACUGUCCAUCUGAGAUGCCGAAAACGAUGAAGCAGGGCCAAAAUGCAAAAUGUGACACUGGGCUAGAGAAAGAAGAGAAGAAGUAGCUGUCACACGAUUAAAUACUGUGUAGGAAGGCCACUUUUUAUCUUGUCAACCUGAAGCACACUAUUAACUGUUUCCAUGCUAUUCCAUCUGAUUAUACAGCUAAGGUGUAAAAAAAAAAGGUGUUAAGAGGUGUUAUUUUUCUCCCACACAGCUUAAGUAAUUUCACCAGCUCAUAUAAUGCAGCUGAGUAUUAGUUCAAGAUAUUCACAGCUUUAUCUUCAUCUGUUCUGUCUCUUUGCACAAAUUAUGUUUAAUAUAACUGAAUGACGUAUGGAUAGAUUUCCUCUUUUGCCCCGUUAUUAGGUUGUUGUUCAGACUCGAGCCUGUUUUUUAUUUUUAUGUCACCACACUGACAAUCCUGUUAUGUAUAUUUGUGUUUGCCAAAAUAUUUUGUUAAUAUCUGCCAUUUCUAUUUAUGUCCUGUUACUUUAAAGGAACUGUUAAGUUAUUAUAUGAUUUCUGUGCUGUUAAACUUUAAUGUGAGCCUGGGGGAAAUGUGAUUUUCAUGUGAGAAAAACUGUAAAUCUUGUAAAAUACGAUGUAUACCUGAAUGCUAUUUUCCCUUAAAUAAAUAA